AUGUCCCGCCCUCACCAACCGACGUCGCGGCCUAAGCCGCCGCCGCCGACGGAAGAGGAAGCAGGGACGACCCUCAAGCUGGGAGAGUUCCAGGAUGUCGAUACAUUGACGUUGUCGGAGGCGUCGCUCGUCAUCAACGCCCUACUGGCCAAACGGCGCGCCGAGAUGCGACGGCACCAGAACAACACCGACAUUCUCAACCAAACGCUCGACUACCUGGACGCCUUUGCCCGCUUCAAGCAGAAGGAAAAUGUCGAAGCCGUAGAGCGUCUGCUGAGCAGUCACAAGCAAUUGACAAAGUUCGAGAGAGCUCAGAUAGAAGCGAAGACCCUCAUACCUUCCAUUGCGGACAAGAUCACAGACGAAGAUCUGCAGGAGCUGCUCGACCAAAUGGGCAAGCUCCAGGGUUGA